CAUGUUCUAGGUAAAACAAAUAUUUUAAGUGAAACUGAGAAAAUUUAUAAAGAUAAGGGGCAAAUUGAAAUUUACCCUGAAAGGAAAGAGCUUCAACUACCAACCAGAAAACUAACAACAUCACAACCAGACACAAACAAUCCAUGGCCAUGGCCUCUACUUCUUCAUCAUCACUUCCAAUCCCUCUCUCCACACCUUCCCAUGACCCUUCUAAUAAAACCCAGAAAACUUCUCUCUUUAGAAUCUCGCCACCACCAAGCCCAUCUCUUAAAACCCCAUCAAUUCGCUCUCGAUUAAGCAAACUUUGCCAAGAAGGCCAGCCCCAUAUUGCACGCCAACUGUUUGAGACAUUUCCCCGCCCAACCACUGUCAUUUGUAACACCAUCAUAAUUGGCUUCAUUUGCAAUAACUUGCCUCUUGAAGCCAUUUUGUUCUAUUCCAAGUUAAAAAGUUCAAGUCUUGGCACCAAAUUUGAUUCCUAUACUUACUCUUCUACACUCAAAGCUUGCGCUGAAACGCGCAGUUUAAGGAUUGGUAAAGCCAUUCAUUGUCAUCUUAUUCGGUGUUUAUCAAAUCCGAGUAGAAUUGUCUAUAAUUCCCUUUUGAAUAUGUACUCUAGUUGUUUGAGUAAUGUGGGUUGUUUGAGUUAUCUAGAUUGCUCCAAGUAUGAUUUAGUGCAUAAAGUUUUUGAUACAAUGAGAAAGAGAGAUGUUGUUGCUUGGAAUACUAUGGUUUCUUGGUAUGUGAAGACAGAAAGAUAUGUAGAAGCAAUUAAGCUAUUUAGGGUGGUGAUGAAAAUGGGGAUUAAACCGAGUCCGGUUAGUUUUGUCAACGUUUUUCCUGCUUUUUCGAGUGUUGGAGAUUUUAAGAAUGCUGAUGUUCUUUAUGGGAUGCUUGUUAAAAUGGGUAGUGAAUAUGUGAAUGACUUGUUUGUUGUGAGCUCGGUGAUAUUCAUGUUUGCAGAGCUUGGACAUAUUGAUUUUGCUAGGAAGGUUUUUGACCAUUGUUUGGAGAAGAAUACGGAGAUUUGGAACACUAUGAUUGGUGGAUAUGUACAGAAUAAUUUUUUGAUUGAAGGCAUUGAUCUUUUCCUUAAAGCUGUGGAAACAGAACAGACGGUUCUUGAUGAUGUAACCUUUCUCUCGGUUUUAACGGCCGUUUCACAGCUGCAGUGUUUGGACUUGGCUCAACAACUGCAUGCCUUUGUGAUUAAGAAUCUAGCAGUAUUUCCCGUGAUGAUAACGAAUGCAAUCAUUGUGAUGUACUCGAGGUGCAAUUCUGUCCACACUUCUUUUGAAGUUUUCGAGAAGAUGGUGGAAAGAGAUAUUGUAUCUUGGAAUACCAUGAUUUCUGCUUUUGUACAGAUUGGAAUGGAUGAUGAGGGGUUGAUGCUUGUAUAUGAGAUGCAGAAGCAAGGGUUUGCAAUUGAUUCUGUGACAGUGACUGCUCUACUUUCUGCAGCAUCUAACCUUAGAAGCCAGGAAAUUGGAAAGCAGACCUAUGCUUAUCUUCUUAGGCAUGGGAUGCAAUUUGAAGGAAUGGAUGGUUAUCUUAUAGACAUGUAUGCAAAAUGUGGCCUGAUUAGGCUUGCACAACGGAUUUUUGAGAGAGGCAAUGUGAACAAUAGAGAUCAAGCCACGUGGAAUGCUAUGAUCGCUGGGUACGCACAGCAUGGGCUAGUAGAAGAAGCUUUUGUUACCUUUAGACAAAUGCUUGAGAAAAAUGUAAUGCCUAAUGCUGUAACUUUAGCAACCAUUAUCCCAGCCUGCAAUCCUGCGGGAAAUAUAGAUUUGGGAAAGCAACUCCAUGGAGUCUCCAUUCGGCUAUUGUUGGACAAAAAUAUAUUUGUCAGCACUUCCCUUGUCGACAUGUACUCGAAAUCAGGCUCAAUCAAUUAUGCAGAAAGUGUGUUUACCAAAUUACCAGACAAAAACUCUGUCACCUAUACAACAAUGAUAUUGGCUUAUGGUCAACAUGGGAUGGGCGAGAGAGCUCUCUCCUUGUUUCACUCAAUGAAGAAAUCCGGGAUUGAACCCGAUGCCAUAACUUUUAUUGCUGUCUUGUCAGCUUGCAGUCACUCGGGUCUGGUUGAUGAAGGUCUUCAAAUAUUUGAGUCAAUGGAGAAGGAUUUUAAGAUUCAACCCUCAACUCCGCACUAUUGCUGUGUUACAGACAUGUUAGGGAGAGUUGGUAGGGUGGUUGAAGCAUACGAGUUUGUUAAACAGUUGGGUGAAGCUGGCAAUGUGUUGGAAAUCUGGGGAUCACUUCUCGGGGCUUGCAGACUCCAUGAAUACGUGGAAUUGGGAGAAGUUGUUGCCAAGAAGUUGCUUGAAAUGGAGAAAACAGGCAACAUUACAGGCUAUCAUGUUUUGCUCUCCAAUAUAUAUGCAGAGGAAGGAAACUGGGUGAAUGUUGAUAAAGUAAGGAGAGAGAUGAGGGAAAAGGGUUUGCAAAAGGAAGUUGGCUCCAGUUGGAUUGAUAUCGGAGGUUCUGUGGCCCGUUUUACAUCGAAAGAUCAAGACCACCUUCACUCUGAUAAAAUAUAUGAAAUGUUGGCAGGAUUGGCUAUGGAGAUGAAAAAAAGUGAUCGUAGUCCUCAAAUCAAUCCCUGAAUGAAUUGGAAUAAGUUCUAGGACGUUUCUGGUGUUAUAUGGGGAAUAUUGUCUAACAAAUUACAUUUUGGAAAACUCGGUAUAGUUAGCUACUUGCAGCUGCUUCCUGCUUUUAAUUGUGGCUGCAUUUGUACUGUUCAGUAUAUGAUAUAAAACUAUGGUCGGUUAUCUGUGGAAUGUUUGUCCAGUACAACAAUUUGGAAACUAUGCUGGAUUGCAGGCUUAGAUUUCUGGAACCAGUCAAUAAAUCUGUUUGAUAAAAACAGAUUCUUUCUGGCUGCUGCCCAUGUCUACAUGGUCUAUGGUGUCAUAUUCAGCUACUGGGAACCAGCCAAAUGGGGUUAGAUAAGCUCUCUGAAUUCUGAAGCAGCCUUUAAAAAGCCUCCUUACCUAUCUAUUCAGAUAACUCAGACCUGUUUUUUUUUUCUUCCCAAACAAUCUGGGAUGCAUGAUUAGAGCAAAUAUUUAAAUCAGUUUGGCAUAUAAAUGGAAGAACAAAUGAAGAUGGAUGAUGGGGAAAAUUUGUUACAAAUAUGAAGAAAUCAUGUACAGCUCAUGGCCUAGCACUUCCAGUCUAGGAAGCAGUCCUCCUGCAUUGUUCGUCACUUAAGCAUCAUCAACUUCAGGGCACAUGGAUUUCUUUUUAAACAUACAGUGACAGAGAAGACUGUGUCAUGCACUCCCAUUUUUUUCCACUACACAUCCACUUUGUCUUUCAUGGAAAAGAAAAGAGGGAAGAGCUUCCAGAGAAGGAUACCGGGAUGUCCUUAAUGCUGAUCCAAUAGAUGUGCAUAGGAGACAUUAUUGAAGAAAUCGAAGCUUGUUUUUGUCUCUUUACCAGGUGUUGGCCUCCUUGUACCCGCAGUAGAGAUUGCAAAACGAAUGGUUGACCGUGAUGACAGACUCUCCAUAACUGUUUUUGUCAUGAAAUGCCCACCAUUAGACUGCAAGAUAAGGGAGUAUAUUGAAUCAGUCUCUGCCACUCAUUCUCUGCUCAUAUCCAAUUAGUUGACCUCCCUAGUGAUUAGCAAACUAGUCCUGGCAUCAACUUCCUUAGUUCAUUCAUUGAGAUCCGAAAACCACAUCUUAAAAAUGUUGUCUCCUAGCUUGAUCAGUCUGAACCAAGCUCCGAGUCACCUCAACUUGCUGGAUUUGUUGUUGGCAUGUUCUAUACAACAAUGAUAGACAUGGCUAACG